AUGGGCGACAUUUAUGCGAACAGCGUAUGCAACAUUGCUGCCACCUGCUCACCGAACAGUGAUGCUGGGUUUCUGUGGAAGCGAUCCGGAGCUCAAUUCCAAGUUCAGCCCUGUUGUAUUAAUGAUGCCGUGACGAAUCGCCACAUUGUUCCGCCUUUACCUACGCUCUACGGUUCGCUGAGGACAUCGCCGCUGAAUCGUCGAGCAUGGGUCUUGCAGGAGCGCCUGCUCUCCAGACGGGUUCUUCACUGGACAUCGGAAUGUCUUUUCUGGCAGUGUAAUGAGCUUUGGGCCUCUGAGUGCGAGCCGGAGGGAUUUGUCCUCCGAAGUGCCAUAGAUGAAACGGACCGCACAGACAUCCUCAGCACCACCGAUCAUCACGCAGCCACCUGGAAGUGGGGUGACUUGGUGCAAGACUAUGCUCAGUGCGGAAUAACCAAUCCAGUUGACAAGCUGCCAGCACUGGUGGGUCUGGCAAAGACCAUUGCACAGAAUACCGGUUAUUGGUACUUUGCUGGGAUAUGGAGUCAUCCGUCACCAAAGCCUGUGGACGAGCGUUUAGUCGGCGCACCAGAACUGAGCUUCGCUGCAGGGCUGAUGUGGCAGAGCGAUCCAACGAUUAACAACAAUCCAAAACGACCAAAUGUCUACGUCGCCCCGUCCUGGUCAUGGGCAUCCGUCGUUGGCACUGUUCAAUACCUCCAGAACGGCAAUGCCAACGGCCAUGGCCCCAUGUCUUGCAUGUUGGACCCCAGGUGGCGGACAAGGGUCGAUGUACUCGGUGCUGAGACAGUGCCAGUGGCUGACGAGUUCGGUCAAGUGACAUCUGGAUUCAUCGAGGUGGAAGCGUUCGUGCUAGAUGGAUUUCGGGCUAUUCCACUUCCAAAGCCCGCAUUUCCUAGUACGAGAAACAGGUUCGACGCUCCGUCGGGAUCACAGUAUCGUGCUCUGGUCAACGACCAGCGACCGACACUGGGAGAAUUGGAGAGGUAUGCGGACGGUGGGUAUGAUAGUGAUGUAUGCUUUGACACUAUCGAAGAGGUUACGGACCAGAGCUUCAGUUGCGUGUUGAUGAGUGAGAACACUAAGAUCAGGGGCGAAGAUUUAGCCUAUCCUUACCAACUCGUCCUGCCACCGAUGGCAUCGUUUGCGGAAUUGCCCUCGGAGCUGUGUCAGCAGGUCUUAGCCUAUCUAACCCAACCCGACCUCUACUCCAUCUCGCAAGUCUCCAGGUCCCUAUACGACUUAUCUAUUUCUCUCCUCUAUCGUCAUGUCGAUCUCCUCAUUUCACCAGGAGAUCGUGUUCUCCGAAUCGACAAAUUCCUCUUCAACUUGUUGAAGGACGAGAAGCGUGCUAAAUACGUCAAAACGCUUCGCGUUGGCUUGUCACCGAAGGAAGGAACAAGAGGUGGCCCAAGAUUACUUCCAGAUGACCUCGAAACCCUGGCGCCUUUCGAACUCGAGAAAGUACUGGAUGUCCUGGACCAAGAGCCUUUGGUUUCGACUGCUGAAAACUUACGCGAGGCUAUCUCAUCGCGGGACUAUGGAGCGUACGCUGCAUUACUGCUACUGACUCUCCCAUCUCUAUAUCGCCUAGAUAUGGCAGAUCAUGAGGACUCAACGCUACGUCUUCUCCACAACGUCCUUCGCAAGCUCCCUAAGGAAACCGGGAGUCUCGGACGCCCGUCGCAGGUACUCAACGAUCGCAUAUUGUCGAUCAAAGAGGUCUCUUACAACUUUGAUGGGAAGUCCGAGCUCCAAUACCCAGGUAAUCGGAGCUCCGUCAAUCUGUGGGAAGUUUUGGAUCUUCCCGGUGUCCAGAAAGUCGAAUUCUUCGUUCCAGACGGAAAGGUGCUUAGAAUUCUUGAACCCUUGGGACGCCAUAAUUUGGGGCAUCCUCUGCCUGCGGGGCUUUCGCGGACUAACAUCACUACGAUGAUCAUAAGACACGCCAACUCUAUCUCUCAGUGCCUAAGAUCUCUCCUCGAGGGGACCCCUCAUCUUCAGUCCCUGACGUGCGAGCUGUGGUGGGAUCCCAACAAAUGCAUUCAAGCGGGGAAUCGCGCUGCGUUUGGGAACAAUCGACCGUGGAUCCCCCUCAGCCAGUGGAGCGAGGACUUGAAGCUAGUCAAACACACUCUCAAAACACUUGUUCUAAGCGUGGAGUUUUGCAACUGCCAGGAGCUAUUCUUCAAACAACCCGACCCGCGAAAACAUAUCACGGGCUAUCUUGACCUCAGAGCGCUCGAAACCCUGCAUACUCUAGAGGUUCCUGUUCCCUUCAUUAGCGGUGACCCUGACUUCUCCAUCGCUGUGAGCUUUGAACCUUGCCUUCCGCUUAGUCUCCGCCACCUGACUCUACGGACCGACCUGUCUCGCGCACAGUUCCCCUUCCCUUUCGAUACGUCGAUCCUGCCCCAGGGACUUUCGUUCAAAGAUUCUAUGGAGGAGUCGAAUUAUCUAAUGACCGCUAGGAUGGACAUCGCCUACCUGUUUCAGACCUGCCUGUUCCUGCUCGACCAGCUCUACCAUUUACAAUCAAUCACUGUGUGGCAGCCUCCCGACCGUACGCUGAACUGGUUUGAUGGCCAAUUGGAUGACUUCGCCAUUACGUGCAGAAACAAAGCCGUGGCGGCGAAGGUGCUAUAUCCUCUCAUGUUUCGGUGGAAGGCAGCCGAGUAUUGGGAUUUGGUUGAAGAAGUAACGCUGUUCGAUCCGGCGCACCCAGAGAGCGGACGUUUUAAACAACUGUUCCGGGGAGAGAGGGCUGGGAGUGUGCCGCUGGGCUUGGCUACCCAAUACCACUUGGGCGAAUUCCACAACAAACAUCUGAUGACGGCUGGUCUACCCGGUAUCUCCGCCUGA